AUGUUGAAAGAGAAUAAUCACAAUUUCACAGUGAGCUAACGAGACUACCGAAGGAACACUUACUACACGUAGAUCCGCCUAGUUUACCUACAGUUCACCUAGAGCAGCAUGGCACCCGCCACGAGCAGCAACGUCGAGACGAAUCCUACACUCACAGUUGCCACAGAGCUGGAGCCCGUGGUGCUUCCCCCAACGACCUUGUUAGCCGCACCGGAAGACUUCAUCAACCCGGACGACCCUGCUGCAGUGGAGCCUGUCGACGUCGAUGAACCACUUCCGCCACACGCAGCCGCCACUCGGUCGACCACAUCCGUCAGCACGGACACGCUUGAGCCUGGAAUGGGUCACCGUAUCCCAUGGCGGCUCCCAUUGCGACAACGUCUUUCAUAAGCUCGAGGCACGCGGUGCUCUCGCAAAUGGUCGAAAUCUGAGAGUCCGUCAACGUCGAGAUGGUCGCCACACUGACACCCGUUUCGGUCUGGCA